AUGGAGCCCAGUCCAACUGAGCUCUAUCUUCCUCAAUCCUUUCCUUAUCCUAUAAAGAUCACUUCUAUUGACGCAAACGUUGCGGAAAACGUUGAACGCGGCAGACGUCUUCUAAGCUACUCAUUCACUUCUCUUUCGCGUGUUUCGGGAUCCAAACCCGAGACCCGCUUUGGCACUUGGGAUUGUGCUAUCGAAGGAUCUCUUCAGAAAUGGAAUAUCAAGCCAGGAGAAACGAUAUCCCAACGACAUGCGAAGGAGAAACCUGUUGUUGUCAUCAUUGAACCCUGCAAGCAUGGAAUGCAAUUGGGCGGACUAUGCGUAUUGUGCGGAAAGGAUAUGACAAAUUCGGAUUAUAUAGGCUUCUCGGAUGCAUCCAGAGCAUCUAUACAAAUGACUCAUUCUGCAUUUGGCCCGACCGUAUCUCUAGAGGAAGCCCAACGAAUUGAGCGGGAGACUGCAGAACGAUUAUUGAAUUCCAGGAAACUCUCCCUCAUCGUCGAUUUGGAUCAAACAAUAGUACACGCUACGGUUGACCCUACUGUUGGUGAAUGGAUCUCAGAAGGCGAAGCUUGGGAGGCCAAACACGCCGAGAAAACCUCCAAUGCUGAGGGCUCAGAGAAGGCUUCCGACGAAGAAGAGUGCAAUCCGAACUGGGAGGCUCUUAAGGAUGUAAAGAAAUUCAGAUUGGGCCCUGAAUAUCUCGGUGUCGGCUCGUCGCAGAAGGGUAAAUCUGCUGGCAAGGCGUUGGACCAGGGAUGCAUGUAUUACAUCAAACCGAGACCUGGUUGGAACGAAUUUCUAAAGAUGAACGCAGCGAAAUAUGAAAUGCACGUUUAUACCAUGGGCACUCGUGCCUACGCCGAACAAGUCUGUGCUGCCAUAGAUCCCGAUGGAUCCAUAUUCGGGGGACGAUUACUUAGCCGAGAUGAGAGUGGAAGUCUAACACAAAAAAGCCUUCAGAGGCUCUUUCCUUGCGAUACAUCUAUGGUCGUCAUCAUCGAUGACCGCGCUGACGUCUGGGAAUGGUCUCCAAAUCUCAUCAAAGUCAUACCCUAUGAAUUCUUUAUUGGGAUUGGCGAUAUCAACUCUGCAUUUCUGCCCAAACUCGAGCCCCUGACAGGUGCCACGCCCUCACCAAACGCUCCUCCUCCCAAAGCAUCCGAAGAAGGAUCUGAAGUCCUGGCGCCAGACCCGCUAACCCCAUCUCAACCUGAGGAUACCCAGAAACUCUCGAAACUCUCGAAAGAAGUUAUGAUGAACGAGAACUCGCUCGCACUCGAAGCUCAAGUUGAAGAGCGGCCUCUGGCUAAGCGCCAGGAGGAACUCCAAGAUGCCCCUGUAGAAGAAAAUUAUCACUCUGAAACACCGUCGAGCGAUGUCGAAAGCUCACCGUCGAGCGAUCACCCGGACGACGGCAGGGAUAAAGCUGUGCCUAUUCCAGUAGCAAAGCAACAGAAGACCCCACGGAAAGCUUUGUUGAAGAAUGAUGAUAGAGAACUGGAUCGCGUCAAUAACCUCCUGGACGAGAUACAUCGACGAUUUUUUACUGAAUAUGACAACAAGUCAUCUAAAGACCACAAGUCGAACAAGUCGAGGACAUCAAAGAAAGAGGUGGCAUACGAUGUGACACGAAUCAUACCUAGCAUAAGAUCCGAGGUAUUGAAACGUGUACAUUUGUUGUUCUCGAGCGUGAUACCUCUCGAUACCAGAGCAGAGAGCACGGAAAUAUGGAGAAUGGCACACAUGUUCGGUGCAAAGUGUUCAACAGAGCUCACUCCCGACAUUACCCACGUCGUCGCCGCUAAGCGCGGGACAGUCAAAGUCGAAGCCGCUCGAAAAAGAGGGAACGUCAAGGUCGUAUGGUUGGCCUGGUUCACGGAUUCAAUAGCGCUCUGGAGACAUCAAGAUGAAACGCCAUACCUUCUUGACGACCCUCCCGUGGCAGGGCCAAGCAGUAGUCCCAGUACUAGUCUUAAUCAAAUAUCAUCUGAUCCCGAUAUCGAUGACGAUGAGGACUGGGAUUUAGAAGCUGGUGGUACGGGUGGGUCUACCUCUGGGAUAAGAGGUGGUGGGUCUUUUUCAGUUGACCAAAUCAAUUGGGGUGAUAUUAACGACGAGGUUGAUGCCGCGAUGCUUGAGAGUGACGAUGAAGAAGAGGAUAUGAUUGAUAUAAAAAGUGAGAGGAGUGGAAUACGGAGCGGGAAUGUUUCUGAGGAUGAAUGGUCGGAUGAAUCGAAUAGUGCGAUAAGUGCUAACAACUCUCCUCGCCCGAAGCGGAAAAGAUUACGAAGCUUGACGCCUUCAGAAGCUGGACUCAACGGAGAAACUGAUGUACUUCGCUCGCCGUUGUCCAAACGUAAGAAACUUGCUGCAGAUAGGUCUGGCUUUUCCAGGCUGAAAGAGGCGAUCAGCGCAGAGGAUCUUCAAACUGACAGUAGGACGCAAAGUGAUGACAGCAGUAGUGGCAAGGGCAGCGGCCGAGCGACACCUAUGGCCCGAAGCCCGAAAUUGAGGGUACUGGAUGAUAUGGACGACGGAGAGGAAGAAGAUGACGAUGAUGAUAUCGAAGAUGACUUUUUAGCCAGGGAGUUGGAAGAAGACUGGGGGUAG